UAACUCUGUCCUGAAUGUGCUGAAGUGGGGAUGGUCCGUCCGCGUCCGCGGCUAUAAACUGCUUCUCAUCAGGAAACUACAUUAGCUCACCAUCACUUCAAAGGUCUCGUCAGACAGAGGUGACGCCAGGAGAUGAUUUAAAGGUGAAAAUGACAAGGUUUCCGCCCCUCAAACCUUGGUUCCUUUUCUGACAAUACAGUGAACGAACCCAACGUCUUCUCAACUGUGAAAAUAGGACUGGAGGAGGAAAGCUUGAUUUUUUUUUUUUUUUUCAAUUCUUGAUAAAGAACUGCCGGGAAGCGUUCUCUUUGAAAAAAAAAUCUCAGAACUGUGACACAGAUGGAUUUUAAAAAGUGUUAGCUCUUUCCAAUGAACACUAGGAGAGUGCCCUGCUCUUGGCUGGAUUUUUCAGAGAAUGGCAAUGGUCUCUGCGAUGUCCUGGGUCCUGUACUUGUGGAUAAGUGCGUGUGCGAUGCUGCUCUGCCAUGGGUCCCUCCAGCACACCUUCCAGCAGCACCACCUGCACAGACCAGAAGGAGGGACCUGUGAAGUGAUCGCAGCCCACAGGUGUUGUAACAAGAACCGCAUCGAGGAGCGGUCACAAACAGUGAAGUGUUCCUGUCUACCUGGGAAAGUGGCUGGGACAACAAGGAACCGACCUUCCUGUGUGGAUGCCUCCAUAGUCAUUGGGAAAUGGUGGUGUGAGAUGGAGCCCUGCCUAGAAGGAGAAGAAUGCAAGACGCUCCCCGACAAUUCCGGAUGGAUGUGUGCUACAGGCAACAAAAUUAAGACCACAAGAAUUCAUCCAAGAACCUAACAGAAGCAUUUGUGUAUAUAAGUAAGAAAAAACAACCUGUGGAAGAUACAUCAUGAGGAUUUAAAACAUCUUACAUACUUGCAAGCCAAAUGGAUAUCUUAUUUGCACUUGCACUGGUUACCAGAUAAUCACAGUGUGUUUGCUUUUUGAAACAAAGCAUCCCAAAAGAAGAAGACUCGGGAUUUUCUGGCAACGUCAUGGGAUACGGCUUUUAAAAGGAAAUGAGUUUUCUCUGUGAAAUUUGGGGGAUCAUGAAGAACGAUCAACCACCUUCUAAUUUGGAACUACAGUUACUUUGUACCAUUUGAAAUAUAUGUAUAUAUAUAAUAUUUUGAAAUAUUAUAUAUUCUCUUCAAGAAAUGGACAGUACCACAGUGUGAGGUGGCUGGCGUAGCCCUUUCAAGUUUUGGAUAUUUGGUCGGUUUUGUUUCGUUUGCCAUUUCUUUUUCUCUCGGUGAGGAAGAUACACGCCCGUGUGAGAAUCCAACAUGGCACUCUCCCUGGAAGGCCAGCUGCAGGCGGACUCCUGGAAUCUGAGGCAUCCUAACAAUACUGAGUCAAGAGCUUCCCCCUGUUUCGACCCAACGAAGCUCCAUCGUCUUGUUUUAUUGCUUUCUACCCUGUGCAAUAUUAGCAUGCAAGCUUGGCUUACAUAACCAUACUUUAUAUUCAAUUGAUAUAUAAUAACCGGUCUAACCUCUUCCAGGAAAAUAUUUUUAGAACUACUAGCUUUUCCACAGAUAAGCAAAUGAGGAUUCUCAAGGGAGCUGCUCCACCAUGCUAUUAAGACUCUAGCAGGAUGGUAGGAUGUAGGCCCCCUGUAUCAGUAAGUCCUGUAAAUACGAUGUCUUAGGGCUUUGUACAGCUGUCUUAGACUGCAGAAGUGUCCUCUGAUUAAAUCCAAAGUCUGGCGUUGUUGACUACGUAGUGCUGUAGCGACAAGUCUUCUCAUGGCACCUCUUUCUAUGUUUGAUUUGCUUUUUCCUAGAGUAUUUGCAUCUCCUCGGGUGAGAUAGGAAGGCUAUGAAAGCAAUUAGGUUUCACAAUGAUCUAUGUGACCAAGUGUUGGACAGCCCUAUUAAAGUGGUAAAUAAGUUCUUUUUUAACCCACUUGUCCUCUUUGUUU